AUGACAAAGAACAACGGUCGAAUAUCAAAACGGCCUAUAGGAUGGUGGCGAACGAGCGCGGGCUCUCUAGUGGAAGUGCGGGACUCCGUGACCCUGAACACGGACAUUUUCCGCAGCCAGUACUUCUGGGACGAGCAGUCCAGCGCCGACCACGAGCGCGUUCCCGAGCGCGUCGUACACGCCCUCGGCAUCGCCGCGCGCGGCUACUUCCAAGUCACCAACGACGUCUCUAAAUACACCAGGGCCGACGUCUUCAACGGAAUCGGAAAGACCACAGAGAUACACGUCCGAUUUUCCCGCCAGUCUCAAAACAGGGGCGGCGCUGACCUAGUCAGGGAAGCCGGAGGAAUGGCUAUCAAAUUCUACACCGACGACGGAAACCUUGACAUGCUAUGCCGAUCCCCCCCAAUGUUCCCCUACCGAGCGGCAGGCGACUUCACAAAGGUCGCCCACGUCGGAGAAAGGAACCCAAAAACGAAUCUCAUGGAUCCAAACUUACUUUUAGACCUCUUAACUAGAAUGACUGAUCCACUUAACGAAUUUCUAUAUUUACAAUCUGACUAUGGCCUACAGAACGGAUACAGAAAGAUGGAUGCGCACGCAAUACAAACGUAUGAAAUUAAAAACAAGCACGGUGACAGGUAUUUCGCAAGAUUCCAUUAUAUAACUGAGCAAGGAUUAGAAUUACUGACUAAUGAGGCUGCGAGAGUCUUGCGCUCCAAGGAUGCCGACUACGGCACAAGAGACCUCUACAAUGCGAUAGCCGUUGGAGACUACCCCUCCUGGAGGCUGGAUAUGGACGUCAUGCCGAUACACCGGGCCGAGAAGCUCGACUACAAUCCAUUCGAUGUAACUAGAACAUGGAAAAACGGAACUUAUCACACCGUAACUAUUGGACGCCUGGUUUUAAACAGAAACCUUGACAACUGGUUUACACAAGCAGAAGAAGCCAUCUACAAUCCCGGCAAUUUGGUCCCGGGCAUUCCCGGCCCGGUCGACGAUAUGUUCCAGGCACGAAGAUUCGCAUACCGAGACACGCAAACGCAUCGUGCAGGUAUAAACCACAACAGAAUAGAAAUUAAUCAACCAAAGUAUAGGCCUAAAAAUUAUGACCGUGACGGGACCCCACCCAGUUUAGACAAUAUGAAAGGUGCGCCUCAUUACUACCCGAACUCGUUCCACGGCCCAAUCCCACACGUGGAUGAGACUCGGCCGCGGGAAAAAAUAAAAAUAUAUGACCGUAAUGCGGUGGAUCUGGAGCCGCUCUCAGAGUUCUAUAAUACUCGUGUUACAACAGAAGACCACAGGAGAAGAAUGGCAGCGAAUAUUGCAGAAUUGUUGGUGCAGUGUGUAGAGUUAGUUCAGAAGAACUUCCUGAGGCUACUGUAUUUGGUGGACCAGGACUUGGGCCACCGCACGGAGCACGCGCUGGAGGUUGCUCGGAAGGAAGCCGUCAAACGGCGUCCGCAGCUCUUCGUGGCUAGCCCACACCCAAGGAUCCUUGACAUCCAUGAAAAUCGAUGCCCUGCUCGCCAUUAA